AUGACUUCCUCUCCCAUCACACCUUUGGAGGCAGACUAUGUGAUCAUCGGCGGAGGAACAUCAGGUCUUGUACUCGCUGCUCGAUUGUCCGAGUGUGACUCCAACCGGUCGGUUAUUGUCCUCGAAGCUGGGAAAAACCUGAUUGAUGAUCCUCGGGUCCAAACACCCGCUCUUUGGACCACCCUGAUGGGCUCUGAAGCAGACUGGCAGUUUCAGUCAACGCCUCAGGCUGCACUCAACAACCGAGUCAUUAAGGAAACACAAGGCAGGGUUCUCGGAGGUUCAUCAGCUAUCAAUGGACAGGCCUUCAUUGCGCCCACAAAGGCGGGAAUUGAUGCAUGGGACAAAUUGGGCGCGACCGGUUGGACAUGGGAAAAUCUUGCUCCUUAUUAUAAGAAGGUGACUACGCUGCAGCUGCCGGAUGAGGACACUCGCGGCCAUAUCGGCGUGAGCUGGGUUGAUCCUGAGGUCAACGGCAACUCAGGUCCCAUCAAAGUCUCUUUUCCUGCUGUGAAGGAAAGCCCUCUGGCAAAAGCCUGGGUAGAUACUUUCCAGGAAAUGGGGUAUGGCUGUACGGCAGAUCCGUUCUCGGGUGUAUCCACUGGCGGCUAUUCCAACUUGGCAUCAGUCGACUUUGAGAAGAAGCAGCGGAGUUAUGCCGCGACUGGAUAUGGUCUGCCAGCUAUGGAGAGGCGUAAUGUCCGGAUUAUCACUGAGGCUACUGUUCAACGGAUCCUGUUUUCUACUAAGGAAUCCGGGGCCACGGCAACUGGAGCAGAAGCCAGAAUUGAUGGACAAAUUGUCACUAUCAAAGCUAGGAAAGAAGUCAUUCUGACCGCCGGAGCCCUCAAUACCCCCAAACUCCUCGAACUUUCAGGCAUCGGAAACAGGCAGAUUCUCGACCAGUGUUCCAUACCUGUCAUCGUGGAGAACCGGAACGUGGGAGAAAACCUCCAAGAUCAUCUCAUGACCGGGAUCAGUUUCGAAGUGAAGCCAGGGAUUGCAACCGGGGACCCGCUGCUACGACAAGAGCCCGAGGCAAUCAAAACUGCCUUCCAACUCUACUCUGAGCAAAAAGCAGGACCCAUGACAAUUGGGGGAGUCCAAUCCUCCGCAUACAUGCCACUGAUAGAAUACUCAGGGCAACCAGAAGCCAGAAUAGCCUAUUUCGACAGCUUCCCACCAGACCUGAACGAGCGCGACCAAGUCAUCCGUGACAUUUACGCGCAAGAACAUGAACCCACCUGUCAGAUGUUCAUGUUCCUUGCACAGGCGAACCUCCACGAAUCUGGCAAGAGUUUCGUAGGGCAGAAACUUCUACCAGGAAAUUUUCUGAGUCUGGGAAUCAUCCAGACCUUACCUUUCUCGCGCGGAGCGGUCCACAUCGCGUCAGCGGAUCCAACGGUGUCACCAAUAAUCGAACCUCGCUACUUUUCAAAUCCUUUAGAUAUGGAUCUAAUGGCGCGAAACCUACUAAGUCUUGAGAGGCUUCACAGCGUCAAGCCUAUCGCAGAUUAUCUGGUGGAGAGCGGAUGUCGGAACCAUCCGGAUGCAUUCCUGACGGAUCUGGAGUCAGCAAAGAAGUAUCUGCGGGAUACUGCUACUACGAGCUAUCACUUGAGUGGUACAGCGGCUAUGCUUCCACAGGAAAAAGGGGGAGUGGUGGAUGAGAAUCUUCGGGUGUAUGGAACUACGAAUUUGCGGGUGUGUGAUGCGAGUAUCUUCCCCCUUAUGACGACUGCGAACCCUAUGUCGACUGUGUAUGCGGUGGCGGAGAGAGCGGCGGAUAUCAUUAAGGGCGCGCAGUAG